GAACUCAUUGCAUACCUGGAUAAGGUUUCUUGCUGACUAGUUUUUCUGAGGAGUGUAAUUAUUUGAGGCUCUUACCUCAAUCCCUCAAGGAAUAGCAGAGUGGGAAAAGGUACUAAAGUUAAUGUUUUCAUCCACCCGGACGAAGGAGAAUGGGGACCCUACACCCAAAAGAAUGAAGACUCGACAGAAUAAAGAUUCUAUGUCAAUGAGGAGUGGUCGAAAGAAGGAGACUCCGGGGCCCCGAGAGGAGCUCAGAACACGGGGUCGAGCGUCUCCUGGUGGUGUCAGUACUUCCAGCAGUGAUGGCAAAGCUGAGAAAUCGCGACAAACUACCAAGAAAGGUCGUGUGGAAGAAACAAUGGCCCCUAAAGGAAGCAAGCAAAGUCGAUCAGAGGAGAUUUCGGAGAGUGAAGGAGAGGAUACCAAUGCUGCAAAGAAAACUAAAACAGAAGAGCUGCCAAGACCACAGUCCCCUUCAGAUGUGGACAGCCUAGAUGGCCACAGCUUCAACGAUGAGACAAGCAGUGACCCACGAGACAUUGACCAAGAUAAUCGAAGCACCUCUCCCAGUGUCUACAGCCCUGGCAGUGUGGAGAAUGAUUCUGAUUCCUCCUCUGUGCUUUCACAAGGACCCCCUCGCUCUUAUCAUCACCCCCCACUCUUUCCCCAGAGCCCCUCACCAGCUGCCCUGACAGAGGGCCUUGCACGUCCCCCAGAAGCCAGCUUCAGCUUACCAGGGGAGGUUCAUCCUCAGGGCCCCCCAAGUGGUUACCAAUCUCAAAUUGAAGCCCAGGCUUCAAGGAUUUUCCAGGCGCAGGGUCAAGCCCCCCCAGUUCCCACUCCUUCCACUAACUCAUCCUCCUCCCCCUCUUCUUCGUCCUCUUCGUCCUGCACUAUGCACGCUUCUCUGUACCCCAAUGCUAAUGUGGUCCAACUGGGGCCCAAAGUUGUGAGUGCAGGAGUGGGAAUACCAACACCAAGCGUGCGUGAGCAGUCCCUCAGUGCUAAGCACAACCCACCCCCAACUACUCCUAUUUCAUUAACCCCUGUGGCAGGGGGCUUGCCUCCUCAGAAGACACCUCCAAACAAUUCCCCAUCAAUAAUUCCUUCAUCUGCUGCCACUUUCCCCCAUGUGCUAGCCAAUCUGCCCCCCCCUCCAGCUCUGCGCCCUCUCAAUAACAUGACUGUGACCUCCAGCUCACCAGGGGUGGUGGGGCAAGCAUUAAGUGGACAUCUUUCAUCGCCCCAUGCAAUAGGGCAGGAUAAGUCACCCGUCCCUUCUCGUUAUCCCUAUGCCCCCCCUCCUCCUCCACCUCCCAGCUCUUCUGCUCAGUAUCCCCUCCCUCCCCCUUCCCAGGCAUUACCCAGUUACAGCUCAUCAUACGGCCAUUCCUUUCCACCGCCCAGCAGCCUCUCUGUAUCCAGCCAACCACCCAAGUACACUCAGCCCUCCAUGCCCUCCCAGCCUGUAUGGAGUCAAGGCCCACCACCAUACAGUCGCCCACUAGGGAACACUAACUCUCACCCUCCUGCCUCCUUUCCUGGUCAGCCCACACAUCACCAGCAGCAGCAGCCGCAGCCGCAGCAGCAGCAGCAGCAGCAGCACCAUCACAACCACAGCAAUGGUGCUGGUCUCUCUCCAGCAGCAGUUGCCACAUCCCAGACAUCUGGUAGUUAUUCCCACCCAUUAGAACCAGGUCCACAUCAUCCUCCUCAUGCUGCCUAUGGGCUACGCCUCUACCCACCCCAUAGCCAUGCCACAUACAGUCAGGCUCCUUCUGCAUGUUCCUCCUCUUCCUCCUCCUCCUCCUCUUCUUCUUCCUCCUCCUCUUCCUCCUCCUCCUCCUCCUCCUCAUCAUCACAGGGGACAUUCUCCGGACUCUGUAGCCACCCUCAAGGGCAGAGCACAGCCACCUAUGCCUUUCCACCACCCCCUUCACCUUCACCUGCACAUGGGGCUGGACCCCCAGUCACUUCUGCUUCAGUUACCCUCUCCACUGUCAUAACUACAAUGGCCUCUUCUUCCACAGCUCCGUAUAAGACAGCAUCACCUCCAGUUGGAGCCCCAACCACAGCUCCUUACGGGAAGCGCACAGCUUCUCCAUCUCCUACUUUCCAGCCGCCAGCCCCGUACAAGCCAGGCUCUCCUCCUGCAUCCUCGGCAUCCUCCUUCCGUGUAGCCACACCCCCAGGAUACCGAUUAAGCUCUUCUCCGGCAGCGGGCGGCUACAAGGCUUCCUCACCAGCCCCCAUUGUCCCUCCUGCCUCUGGAAGUAUGGCUGCCCCCGCCCCGCCCUUGCCUCCCUUGCCACUCAGUGCUGCACAAAUCAAGCAAGAGCCUUCUGAGGAAUAUGAGCCCCCUGAUAGCCCAAUGCCUCCAAUUCGGAGUCCUUCCCCAGCUCCCAAAGUGGUGGAUGUACCAAGUCACGCCAGCCAAUCAGCCAGAUUCAACAAACAUCUGGAUCGUGGCUUUAAUUCUUGUUCACGGACUGAUCUCUAUUUUGUGCCCCUGGAUGGCUCCAAGCUGGCCAAGAAACGAGCUGAUCUUGUUGAGAAAGUGCGUAGAGAGGCUGAACAGAAGGCCAGGGAAGAGAAAGAGCGAGAAAGAGAGCGAGAAAGGGAGAAAGAACGGGAAAGGGAGAAAGAAAGGGAACUGGAGCGAAGUGUGAAAGUUGCCCAAGAGGGCCGACCAGUGGAUUGUCCAUCUCUUGGCCCUGUUCCUCAUCGCCCAUCUUUUGAGCAAGGCAGCGCUGUAGCGACUGUCCCACCAUAUCUGGGUCCUGACACGCCAGCUCUUCGCACCCUCAGUGAGUACGCCCGGCCUCAUGUCAUGUCUCCAAGCAACCGGAAUCACCCCUUCUAUGUCCCGUUGGGUGCAGUUGAUCCAGGACUGCUUGGUUACAAUGUGCCAGCCAUCUACAGCAGCGACCCAGCCACGCGGGAGAGAGAAUUGCGAGAACGGGAAGCCCGUGAACGAGAUCUCAGGGAUCGCGACCUGCGUGAGCGUCUUAAGCCGGGCUUUGAAGUUAAACCAGCCGAGUUGGAGCAGCUCCAUGCUGUGCCCAGUGCUGCAAUGGAUCCUUUCCCACGGCAUGGGGGGUUGGCUCUCCAGGCAGGUCCAGGCCUCCAUCCUGCUUUUCCCUUCCAUCCAGGGCUGGGCCACCUGGAGCGAGAACGGCUAGCCCUGGCGGCUGGCCCGGCUUUGCGCCCUGACAUGUCUUAUGCUGAGCGAUUAGCAGCUGAACGGCAGCAUGCCGAGAGAGUAGCUGCUCUGAGCAACGACCCCUUGGCUCGGCUGCAGAUGCUCAAUGUGACUCCCCAUCAUCACCAGCACUCCCACAUCCACUCCCACCUCCAUCUCCACCAGCAGGACGCUAUCCAUGCAGCUUCUGCCUCAGUUCACCCUCUUAUUGAUCCACUGGCUUCUGGGUCACAUCUCACCCGAAUACCCUACCCAGCGGGCGCUAUACCUAAUCCACUUCUGCCUCACCCACUCCAUGAAAACGAAGUGCUGCGCCACCAGCUUUUUGCUGCCCCCUACAGAGACCUGCCUGGCUCUCUGUCUGCCCCAAUGUCUGCAGCACACCAGCUCCAAGCUAUGCAUGCACAGUCAGCAGAGCUGCAGCGCUUGGCCCUGGAACAGCAGCAGUGGUUACAUGCCCAUCACCCUCUGCAUGGGGUGCCACUUCCUACACAAGAGGAUUACUACAGUCACCUGAAAAAAGAAAGUGACAAGCCCCUUUAAAUGGACCCCAUUCCCCCACAAUGAUGUCAUUAUCCUUUGUUGCUGCUUCUUCUUCAAGAAGAAAACCAACUCACCAAACCUUGGAUGAGGGAGAAGCUACCUAGUGACACAAUUCCCUAAAUCAUUCAACAAAUCCAAACAACCGUGGUGGGAGGGAGAAGGGUAGUACAAGGGAAAAUAUGAAACAUCAGAAAAAGGAUUUUGGACAAAUGGCUCCACAUUUCCUUGUUUCAGUAAGAAAAGGUAUGAAUUAUCAUGCAUUCCUUUUCUCCCUACCAUGUCCCGACCACCACCACCACCACCACCACUCUCUAGUCCCAAGGUGGAGGUCACUAAAAGCAUAAUGGGGCUAAACAUGCCUCUCUUUUUUGUACCUUGACAACCAGAUGAUUUUGAGGAGCUCUACAUUAUCAGACUUUCAAGAAGGCAUUUUCAUGUUCCUCUUCAACCCUUGAAAGACUGGGCCAAGUUAAGAGGUGCAUAGCACCACAAGAUGGUUUAAAGAGAGCAGCUGCCUUUUUAUCCAUGCGUUGAGAGAACUUUGGUGAUUCUGGAAAAUACUGUGGAAUGACAACAGUGUGUUUCCCUCUCGUUUUAUUGGUGAGGGAGAUUAAUAUGGCCAAACAGUGCAAAGCAUGGUUGAAACUGUCUCUGAUGGCAACUGCUCCUUUUCCUUUCACCCAUUCCAGUUGAUGUACUCAUGCACAUCCCGUUAGACGUGGCAGUUUUGCGUAGCAAUUUGUGAAUCCUUGAUCUCCCCAUGUGUGUGUCUAAUUUCACAGUUGUAUAUCUUGAUCUGUCCUCAUAUAUAUAUUUACAUAAGAACAUUAAAAGAAAGUCAAUUA